AUGUGUCGAGUUUACGUCGGCUCCAUCUACUAUGAGCUGCGGGAGUACACCGUCCAACAGGCCUUCACUCCGUUUGGACCAAUUAGAAGCAGCGACUUGUCCUGGGACUCUGUCACCAUGAAACACAAGGUCACACACCAGCACUCUGAGACAUUAAGCGUGAAACACACUGAUGCACUAUGGGAGUACGAAAUGCCGGAGGCGGCUCAACUGGCUCUGGAUCAGAUGAACUCUGUCGUCUUAGGAGGCAGAACUAUCCGAUGUAUCGUCUUGCAGGUUGGGAGGCCCAGUAACAUCGGCCAGGCUCAGCUAAUCAUUGACCAGCUGGCGGAGGAAGUUCGAGCCUACAACAGAAUUUACAUCGCAUCAGUCCACCCCGACCUCUCUGACGAGGACAUCACGAGCUUCUUCGAGGCCUUAGGGAAGAUCAAGUCCUGCAUGUUGGCCCGAGAACCGACCACGGGACGGCACAAAGGCUACGGCUUCAUCGAGUUCGACAAGGCUCAAGCUUCUCAGGAUGCCGUGGCCUCCAUGAACCUGUUUGACCUGGGGGGUCAGUACCUGCGGGUGGGGAAGCCUGUGACUCCGCCAAUUCCCCUCCUCACACCAACGGCCCCAUGAGGCCUCCCCGCUGCUGCCGCCGUGGCUGCCACUGCCGCCACCACCAACAUCACCGGUCAUGUGCAGUGGGUCCUGGUUCCUCUAGGUGCAGUGGUUCCUGGUUCCCCUGGUUCCUCUUGGCCCUGGUUCCUCCAGGUGCAGUGGGUCCUGGUUCCUCCUGGUGAAGUGGGUACUGGUUCCUCUUGGUACCUGGUUCCUCCUGGUUCCCCUGGUUCCUCCAGUUGCAGUGGUUCCUGGUUCCUCCAGUUUAGUCUCUGUGCUUCCCUUUGUCUGUGUCAGAUCGUCUGUUGCUUUUCCCAGUCUGUCCUUUUGCCCCUGGCUCUAGUUGUUUUCAGUUUAUCGGUGUGCUACAUGUCGUGGACACCUUUAGUUGGAUUUUGUUUUUUCGUUGGAAACAUCUCCACAGUGAUGGUCCUGAAGAACAUGGUCGGUCCUGACGACAUCGACGAUGACCUGGAGGGCGAGGUCACUGAGGAGUGUUGGAAGUUCGGCCAGGUGAAGCGUGUCUUCAUCUACCAGGAGCGUCAGGGCGAGGACGAUGACACCGACAUCAUUGUUAAGAUCUUUGUGCAGUUUGAAGUUGAGGUGAAUCGAGGCAUCCAGGAGCUCAACCACCGCUGGUUCGGAGAAGGUGAGGUGGUGGCUGAGGUGUAUGACCAGGAUCAAUUGGAGAAGAGUGACCUGUCGGCAUAGAACAUAUGUACAGAUAUACACUCAGUCGUGUGGUGGCCUCUUUCCAACCUGGUGUUUGUCUCCAGAGGAACUUAAAUACUGUUUGUUUCCGUUCUGGAUUCAAAGGACCAUACCGCUGGUUCUCAUUUUCAAUUACAAACCACAAAUCUUUUCUGUCUCCGCAUCAUUUUCUAAAUCAACACUUUUUAGAUUGAUCUCAUUCCUUCUUAUCUCUAGGUGGUUUCAUGUUUCCAGUUAUCUUCCAUUCACCGAAAACUGAAUCUCUGGUCGAGUGAAACCUCGGAUUCUGAGAACAAAGUGUUUCAGAACAGACCAGAAUAACAGACAUUUGAAAUCUCUGUGUGCAGAUUCUCUCCUUGUCCCAGUUGUUUGUUGUCUUCAUGUUUCUGCGACGCGUAACAGAAAUGUCACAGCACCAUCCGCCACAGAACAUCAGCAGCUGCUGAACACUUUGUCCAAUCACUGACCAGUCAGAAGAAUGAGCAACGGGCUCUUUUCUGUCUCAGUAACUGAAGCUCCUCAGGUGUUGGACUGUUGUUUCAACUAUUUAAUGACCCUGACUUUUCAAUCCCCUAAUCAAGAAAAUAAUCAGCAGGUGGAUUGAUAAUGAAAAUAAUUAGGAUAAGAAGAUAAUCCUGUAUCAUCUGGGUUACAGCAGCAAAGUGGAGCAGAAUAUAAAAAAGCAACAGAUAUGUACAAAAUAAAAACAGAGCAGCAACAGUAA